ACCACAGGCUUGAAUAUUUUUUCAUCUUGCCCCUGGACACUUAAAGAAUCUCAACCAUGGCUGCACAAUCGAUGGCUGCUGCAUUGGCAGCGACGCUUCCUGCAGCAUCAGCUACUCCUGUCCCCGUUGCCCCCACAUAUGAAGCCAUCCCCGCCUCAAUGUCCAAAGUCAUCGACGUCGAGGCUGAAAUUCCCUUGACAUCUGUCCAGCUAGAUGGGCUGGUCGUUUCAAAAAUAUUGAAACAUGCACGAGAAGCAUCGUCAAUUGCCAAUGCUCACGGAUUGUUAUUAGGCCUCGACUUGGACGGAACCCUUGAAGUUUCAAAUUCCUUUCCUCUUCCAUAUCACGUUGCCGAUGAUGAAGAUAAAUCCAGUAAAUCUGUAGCUCGCUAUCAAGCUUCGAUGCUACGAUCCUUGAAAGAAGUUCAAGCCGAUGAUGGAGUUGUGGGGUUUUACCAGGCAUCGUCCUUAGGUGCCUUCUUCAGUCAAAGGUUGAUUGAUACCCAAGCCAUUCAUCAAGAAAAGCUCAGACACGGCGGGGUCGUUGUGGUGCAUGAUGUAUCGCAAACUGCAAGGGGCAACCCUCACUUCAGAGCUUUUCGGUUAACCACGUCGUUUUUAGAUGCUUACAAGAAAUUUAACUUUAGCGCUACGAGCCUUGCGAGUCACCAGCUGACUUUCUCGUCGAUACUUGAAGAAAUUCCUCUCAAAAUCCGAACGAAUCCCUUACUUAAAUUAUUCCUCGGAGAACUUGGUAAACCAACCCAUUCCCCCCUCUCUGACGCCACCCCAGACCAAGCUACCAUUUCUGCUCUACCGCCCUCGUUCUCGUCACUUAAUCUGAAUUCUGGAAGUUCUACGAAAAACCUAGAACAGAUAGCAGAGGUUCUCGACAAUUACCGGACAGAAGAGGGAAACAUUGGAUACAUCACGCGUGUGAUUGCCCGCGAAAAAGCCAAAGCAGAAGCACAUAUAGCGAAACGGAAAGAGGAAAAUUCCGAGCGGAUUAGCAAAGGUACGUUUCUGAAACUGUGGUGGCAGAGAAAAGUAGACGAUCACGUAUCAAAAGGUUUGGCCCCACUGCCCGAAGAAGAUGUAAGUUUUAUUGCGAUCUUCGAAAUGAGUGGAAGCUCAAAAGUACAACAGGCGUAUCGACUAUUCAGGAUACCUAACGAGCCCUCAAGGCUGGAGAGUAUGCUGCUGCUUGGGCAGCUCGAUGCACUUGCCAAGAGUUUAGGAGAGACGUCUGCUAGCAGCCUUGUCAAGCUGUAUGGAACAACUGCAGGGUCUGGAUAAGGGCGUGCUAGCCUCGCUCACCGCCUUGCUUCAUCCUCGUUGUAUGUAGCUGAGAAAUGAAAUGCAUAUCAAAUAUUUGGCUCCGAG